AUGAUGGUGCAUUGUGCGGGCUGCGAGAGGCCGAUUUUGGACCGGUUCCUACUGAACGUCUUGGACAGGGCAUGGCACAUCAAAUGCGUCCAGUGCUGCGAGUGCAAGUGCAACCUGACCGAGAAAUGUUUCUCCAGGGAAGGCAAACUCUACUGCAAAAAUGACUUUUUCAGGAGGUUUGGUACCAAAUGCGCCGGCUGCUCCCAAGGCAUCUCCCCCAGCGACCUCGUCCGGAAAGCCCGGAAUAAAGUCUUUCACCUGAACUGUUUCACCUGCAUGGUCUGCAACAAGCAGCUCUCCACGGGCGAGGAACUCUAUAUCAUAGACGAAAACAAAUUUGUUUGCAAAGAGGAUUAUUUGAACUCUCCCAGUUUGAAGGAAGGCAGCCUCAACUCAGUGUCCUCAUGUACAGACAGGAGUUUGUCCCCGGAUCUCCAGGACCCCAUGCAGGACGACACCAAGGAGACGGACAACUCGACCUCCUCGGACAAGGAGACCACCAACAACGAGAACGAGGAGCAGAACUCGGGUACCAAGCGGAGGGGGCCCCGCACCACCAUUAAAGCCAAGCAGCUGGAGACCCUCAAAGCUGCCUUCGCCGCCACCCCCAAACCCACUCGCCACAUCCGAGAGCAGCUGGCCCAGGAGACCGGCCUCAACAUGAGAGUCAUCCAGGUCUGGUUCCAGAACCGCCGGUCCAAGGAGCGUCGGAUGAAGCAGCUGAGCGCACUGGGUGCCCGCCGGCACGCCUUCUUCCGCAGCCCACGCAGGAUGCGGCCCCUCGGCGGCCGCCUCGACGAGUCCGAGAUGCUCGGCUCGACGCCCUACACGUACUACGGAGAUUACCAAGGUGACUACUACGGACCGGGAGGCAAUUAUGACUUUUUCCCCCACGGGCCGCCCUCCCAAGCCCAGUCCCCGGCCGACUCCAGCUACCUUCAGAACUCAGGACCCGGCUCCACACCCCUGGGACCCUUGGAGCCCCCAAUAAGCGGACACCACUCCUCAGAAAACCAAAGGUACACGGAUAUGAUCUCGCAUCCCGACACCCCCAGUCCCGAGCCGGGGAUGACCGGUUCGCUGCACCCCAUUCCGGGGGAGGUCUUCAGCGGGGGGCCCAGCCCACCCUUCUCCAUGUCCAGCAAUAGCGGCUAUAGCGGGGGGCUCUCGCACCCCAACCCGGAGCUCAGCGAGGCGGCGGUGUGGUAG